AUGAAUUCGAAUAAUGCAGUUUCAAAUAGAAAGACAGAUGAGAAUGCCAACCGAUUUACUUGUAAAGAGGAGGUAAAAUAUGCUGAAAAGUUGAAAGUAGUAACUACAAUGAAUCAAAAAGAAGUAAGCUCUGAAAUAGUUAACAAUGAGGAGGUAAGAGCACAACCUACAGAAGAAGAAACCUGGUGUGGAGCAAGACGAAUGAACGAUGCAUCUCAAAAUCGAUCAAAUACUUGUAAAAAUCGAACUCAUGAAAAGGGAUAUGAAGGGAGUGGAAAAGAUAAACACGAUUAUUCCCUCAAAAAUAAACAUUCUGAGUCAAUAGAACUAGAUGAACAACAAAUAAAAGCAGCUUUAUAUGAAUUGCAAAGACCACCAUACCUACUAAUCCCACUGUAUUAUCUAUGUCAGUUAUGUUGGAAGUUUUGUCGUAGAUAUCGUAUUCGAAUUACAUUAUACCACAAACAGAAAUGGAGACCAUUUCAGAACAUACAAAGGAUAUGUGUAAAAAAUACUUUAGGUUUGAUUUUUGGGUUAAGCCUAGGGUUCAUAACAUAUUUCUUAUUUAUGAUCACAUUUUCAGGGAACCCAUAUUUAUCUACAUUAUUAAGCGCUUACAUCAUGUUAGUAAGUGUAUUUGGUUUAGCGUUCUCUGAAAAUUUUCAAUGUAUCACAUUAUUAACAUUUCCAUAUAUAAUUGCUACACGUUUACGUUGGGCAAUUUUAAUCUAUGCAACUGGUAUGUCAUUCAGUGGACCUGGUUUAAAUUUUCUACAUAAUUCAGGUAAUUUUCGUAAUUCCAUUGUUUGUAUCAUAGCACAAGUGAAUACAAAUAUGAUGUUAUUGAAGAGAUUAACUCAAACACCAUUCAUUGUACUAAAAGAUCAAUUAGAAAAUAUUAUUGAUAGUAUUAACAAUAUCCUUAACACCUUAAGAAACUUAUUAUUUAAAAUUAAUUUUUCCAUUAUACAACUAACUAAUGUCAUGGAAAGUCAAGCCAGUUGGAUACAUUCAUUAAUUAUAUCAUGUGAAGAUAAAGUUGCUUUAAUUAAUCAAUGUUUAGCAUUUUUUAAUAAUAUUUACUUCAGUUGUAUUAAUAGUUUUAAGAUUUUAAGUAGUCUAUGUCGUUUUGUCAGAUUUUUUGCUAAAGAUACUUGUGUUUCAUCAGAAACAUUUACAGAUUUAUGUCAAAAACAAGGUAGAGUACUUGAAGAUACACUUAAUAUUACGACAAAAAUAGAAUUAACUAAACAACUUAAUGAAAUAAUCGAUUUGAUUGGAAGUAAAAAUUUAACACUUUUUGGAAAUUUAAGUCAAAUAAAAGUUAUUUUCAAUAAUGAUCAUUAUAUAUCAAAUAAACUUCAACAAAGAAUGGAUAAUUUUGUACAAGCUAUUGAUGUUGUGAAAUUGAUCUUAUCUUGGAUUUUAGUAGCAUGGACAUUAUUCACCAUGUUGAUAUUAGUUAUACAAGCAAUUAUAUUUAAAAAGUGUUGGCUGUCAAAGGAUUCAUAUGAUAAUGUAUAUAUAACCAAUGAAUUUAUUAAACAAGAAAUACAAGCCUUCAAACGAGGUUUAGUUCCCACAGUUCCAUUAAUCCGUAAAGAAAAGAAAUUUUACAAGAAGCUAUCAAGUUUUAGCUGGACUGUAUCAGAAAAACAAUCUGCAGUUUUCAGUUCUUUAAUGCUUUUAACAUGGAGUACUUCAAUUAUUCUAGUUAUGAUAACUGAUUAUGUAAUGUAUACAAUUUUUAAUAUUAUGUCAGUUCUGUUUUUAUAUGAUUAUUCUGAUUUUGAAAAUAUUACUGGAGAAGACGAUGAACAAACAAAUGAAUUAUAUAUUGAUGGUGAUUCAACAUUUGCAAAUAUUGUACAAUCAUUAAUUAGUUUAAUGAAUCCAUUGAAAAAUAUUGCAUUAAACAUAGAUGCAACACUUUGUCGACCAACAUUAACUCCACCAGAUUUAUACAGAUAUGCUUUUAUUUGCUUAUUACUAAGUUUAGCAUAUUUUAGUGUUGUUUUUCAAGUGUUUAUUAUGCGUUUUCGACAUGUCAUCAUGAUAUGGUACUAUCCAAAGAUAGCAGCUAGACGUGCAGCCUGGCUUCGUAUACAUAUAAGAAAUAACCGUGGCUUAUAUAAUCGUAUUAUACACAAAAUUAAAACAAUAGAUAUCGCCUCAAAUCACCGAUCACAAAAUUUGUCACGAUUUGGAAGAUAUUUAUGCCGUAAUCCACGUGUAGCAUAUUUUCUUAAGUUAUUCGGAGUUCAACGCAUUAUUUGUACAUUUUGUGGUAGUGACGGGAACCCAUCAAAAAAAGUUGAAUUUAAACAGAAUUUCACACGUUGUGAAGAAUGUGGUGCUUAUUUUUGCCGUGCAUGUCAAAUAGCCUUGAAUCAUAUAUGUUUAUUAUGUCGUACACCAAUGUUUUCUAUGGCUGUUGAAGUAGAUUUUGAACAUUAUUCAACAGAUGAAGAAAAAGAGAAUAUCAAUGCACGCUAUUUACAAAUUAAUAAGCAUAUUUGAAUAUCUUCUGGUAAACUUACAGAAAAAGACAUAUAAUGUUUUUACAAAUGAUCCAAAUAAUCAAAAUUUCAAUACUUGAAAAGUUACUUAUUUCAACAAUAUGACAACAAUCUGUUACAAUAUGUAUGUCAAAUAUUAAAAAAACUUUGUAAAC